UCAAACCACACCCCAUGGUUUGGUCGACCCAGAAAAAAGCUUAGCGGCCCAUGUGACAUUUACCACGCAGACAAACUCUGUUCAACGGCUAAAAGCCCUGCUGCAAUCUUGAACGAUUGAUUGUACUCUUCAAAAAUGUUGAUUGAAUCACAAACAUCCGUCAUUCGGGUGUGUUAAUUACACGAGGAAGAUGGGUGUUGGCGGGAAUUUCUGGGAUAUGCUAAAACCCUAUGCGCGAACAGAAGGGUUCGAUUUCCUUAGAAACAAAAGGGUGGCCAUUGAUCUCUCGUAUUGGAUCGUUCAACAUGAAACCGCUAUUAAACUUCACACCCGAAACCCUCAUCUCCGACUCACUUUCUUCCGCACCAUCAAUCUCUUCUCCAAGUUUGGUGCUUUUCCAGUGUUCGUGGCCGACGGAACCCCAUCACCCUUGAAGUCUCAAGCAAGAAUCAUGCGCUUUUUUCAAUCAUCUGGUCUUGAUCUUGCAAGCCUUCCAGUGCCAGAUGGUACCUCUGUUGUUGACAGAAAUAACAAGUUUUUGAAAUGCGUUCAAGAAUGUGUGGAAUUGCUUGAACUUUUUGGAAUGCCGGUUUUGAAAGCAAGUGGGGAGGCUGAAGGACUUUGUGCACAAUUAAACAAAGAAGGUCAUGUUGAUGCUUGCAUCACCUCUGACAGUGAUGCAUUUCUGUUUGGUGCCAAGUGCAUCAUUAAGCGCCUCAAACCCAACUCACAGGAACCAUUUGAGUGCUAUCAUAUGUCAGACAUCGAAGCUGGUUUAGGGCUAAAAAGAAACCACUUGAUAGCCAUUGCCCUUUUGGUUGGAAACGAUUAUGAUCUAAAAGGUGUCCAAGGGAUUGGGCUCGAGACAGCACUCACUUUUGUGAAAUCUUUUGACGAAGAUGAGGUUUUAGAUAGAUUAUGUGAAUUAGGAGGUGGAAACAUGUUAAUUAAUAAUUCAGAUGAGAGUAUACUAAAAACGAGGCUUCCUCAUUGUUCGUUAUGUGGGCAUCCAGGAAGCAAGAGAUCUCAUUUCAAGGAUUCUUGUGAACGAUGUAGUUCCACUAAACAGGAAGGUUGUUUGCAAAAACCAAUUGGGUUUAAAUGUGACUGCUCAUCCUGUGAACAGGAUAAGAAAGAAAAGGAACAAAAAAAGAACGAAGCUUGGAAAAUGAAAGUUUGCACCAAAAUCGCCACAGAGCCAAACUUCCCGAAUAAUGAAAUCAUUCAGAUGUAUUUGAACAACCAACACACCAAUUUUACAGGUGCCGAACCAUUUAUAUCAUGGAAAACUCCGAACACGGAAAUGCUGAUUGAUUAUCUAGCUUUUAAGCUAAACUGGGAACCUUCCUUCAUUCGGCAAAAACUCUUUCCCUUUUUGUCCACAAUAUUCUUGAGAAAUAUAGCCAAAAAUCAAGAUACCGAUUUGUUGUAUGGACAAUAUGAGUUUGACUGCAUCCAGAGAACCAAGAUAAGGGUUGGUCAUACUUUCUAUUUGGUUAGUUGGAAAAAGUCAACACAAACAGUUAACAACAAUAUCUGCACAACACCAUCUAAAGAGGCUGGACUUCAAGAAGAUUAUGAUGAAUUGGUUGAUACCUUCGAUGAAGCUGAUGUCACCAAUGUUCGUGUUGAUGAUGGGUGUUUGAUGACUGAUGAAAAUAUGGAUCUUGUGAUGGCUGCUUACCCGGAAAGGGUUGAUCAAUUUUUGCAACAAAAGGAGUUUAAAGAAGCAAAAUCAAGGAAAAAAGGUAAAGCAAAAUCUGCAGAGGAUCCAUCAUCAUCUCCUAGUUCAAGAGGUGUGCAACUUAAUAUAACACAGUUUUACCGUUCAUCAAAAGGGGAAGCUGCUGAAAAAAUAAAAGAUGACAGUUUUUCUGUAGGGAAAAGGGACGCGGGUAACAAAAGAUUUUCAAAGUCUGCCAGGCGUCGUUUGCUACUUGGGUAGAAUGUAAUUUAGGACUUGUGAAUGUAGCUUGAAUUGACUGUAAAUAUCUUAGUGUUUGGAUGGAUGGAUAGAAAUAAUAAUGUAAUGAUAAACAAUUAAACAUCCUAUUUUGUCUUCAUCGUCUUGGCUCUAAGUUGUUGUCUUUUUUCGUUAGCCUAUAGAGGGGAAUGAAACAAGGGCUUGGUGAUC